AUGAAACACCAACCCCCGAAAGUUGAAGACUACAACUCCGAAGACGCAACCCCCAAACCAUCAUCCACCGAAAAGCGCAAGCGCGGCUCAAAGGACUACAAGCAGAGUCAGGAGCAAACACCCGAGCUCGAAGCACAGCAGCCGCCAAGUAAAGCGGCCAAGUUUGAGGCACCGACUGAGAAUGAAGAUGCAGAGCAGCCGGAGCCGGAGGAUAAUGUAGAGGACGGAAAGGAUGGAGAGGAUGGACAAGAGGACGAGGACUACGGCGAGAACUACGACGAGGGUGACGAUGGGCAAGGAGAAGAAUAUGAAGGGCAGGGUGAAGAAGACGAGGAAGAAGACCAGCAAAACAGCACUGUGGACGAGCCCAAAGCCCACAAAGUCAUCGAAGAAUUCGGCCGCGCGCCUCUCGACCGCACACCUUUGGCCGAUAAAACCCUCACUGCCGCUCCGGAAAUUUUACUGGCGAUGGCUAUCGACGCUAUGCUGAAAUCGCGGCCGAUCUCUCAUGACCUAUCACAGCGGGCCGUGAGCCAUAUCAUUGAGGUUGGAUACCAUGAUAUUCAGAAUUUGGGGAAGAGCAGCUGGGAGGAGCGGGCGAUGGUAUUGAAAGAUGGAGGCUACAAUCGAUACAGGGAGCAAGGCGCAACCAAUCUAGGGGAUUUAGUCGACCUGGUCGAUGGGAAGUAUGAUGGCGAUCUCAACAAUCUCCUCAAAAAAGCUGGCAACAACCGGGACAAAGCGCGAGGCUUAAUCAAGGAGAUCAAAGGGCUAGGUGACCUAGCAGCCGACCUGUUCUUCAACAAUGUGCAAAGUGUGUGGCCCUCCAUGGCGCCUUUCGUCGACGCAAGAAGUCUCCAGACGGCAGAGCAAGUUGGUAUCGGUACCGACUUGGAUACGAUCUAUGCUGAGCUUGAUCAAGAUCCGUUGGAGAUGAGCAAGUUUGCCAAUGGGUUAUCCAUGGUGAGGCUGGAGAAGAAACAGGGAGCCAUUGAGGCGUGA